AGGAGAAAGAGAGGAGCGUCCAGAUCUUCACACGCAAAACGUUUUCUUUUCUCAAAGCUACCUCGCUGAGCAUCGCCUCGCGCAACCGAUGCUACACAACUUUACAGAAAUCUGGAUAAAGAGUUAAACUUGACAGGAUGACUUUCCACUGGUGUGUCGCGCUCCUGCUGCCUCUGCUGAUAUCGGCGCAGAAUCACGAGGACGACGGACAAGCUGCCCCGAGGCGUAGUUCCUGCGAGCCGAUCACCAUUCCCCUGUGCACGGACAUAUCCUACACAGAAACCAUCAUGCCCAACUUACUGGGCCACAACACCCAGGAGGAAGCAGGACGGGAGAUGAGCCAGUUUGACCCUCUUCUAAAGACGAAGUGCUCGCGGGAGUUGAGGUUCUUCCUGUGCUCCAUGUACGCGCCCGUGUGCACCGUCCUGGAGGAAGCCAUCCCUCCCUGCAGGUCCCUCUGCAAGAGAGUCAAGAAGCGCUGCCAGAAGCGCAUGAAUAAGUUCGGCUACCAGUGGCCGGACCAGCUGAACUGCAAGAACUUCCCCGACGGACAGAUCUGUGUGGACCAAAACAACUCCCCUGCCACCACCGCCCCCCCUGUAGUGGACGGGCUGGGGACCCACAACUGUGUCCAGGCAAUACCGGCCGCAAACCCCACGAGCUCAGACGUUCUCUGGAGUUAUCCCACUCCUCAUACGCCACCCGCGGCCUGAGAGCUAAGUGCAUAGCAACUCGAUAGUAACCACAUAGAUAAUGAUUCUGGCUUUAAGGCAAGCCAUUUGACCAUGUAUUCUAUAUCCUUGAUAUCACAUGUUAGUCUAUUCCACUAGUUGGGAAUUACAUCGUAAUAGUUGAACCAAAACUCUAACUAGUCAUGAUUUUUCAUAAACUAGUGGCACUUUUGAUCAACUAGUUACAACAGAAACUUUACUAGAAACCCUGUGCGCCACACUUGUAGCACCAAAGUCCCUACUAGUUGGAUUUUGGCCGCAAUAGUGGCCCUCUGGACCGAACUAAUAAUGUUGAAAGUUUUACUAGUGAACUAGUGAGCCGCAAAAGCUCUGACAUGUUAGCUAGUAAAACAUGGAUUCAGCUCACUAGUAAACUAUUGGACUAUGUUAGGAUUUCAAAUUCUAGCUGGUAUUUGGGUCUGACUGAAACUAUUUGCAACUAAAGGGGGGGGGGGGGAAGCAUGAUCAGUUUGAACCAUAUAUUAGGCCUUUAUUCAAAUGAUUUAUAAAUAACCCUUGCUGCAUAUUGUUAAUAAUGAAUCUUAUAAUUGUUCUGAAUUCUAACUUUUGGUAUUAAACCAUUGUUCCCUUAGACUUAUCCAAAUAUAUUUCAAGCAGCUGUCUGAUAAAGUUCUGGAGGUUGGACAGUGUGACUUGUUUUGUCUCGUUGUUUUGGUUUCGAGGAUCCUAAUGUUUACAUCAACAGGACAUUGUUUGAAUAUAGCAGGAACAUCAUAUUCCUUUCUCCAAUGGCCCACAUGGCAUCAGCUGUGUCAAGGCCUUUCAUGAAGAGAACAUUUUGCUUAGCAACUAUCAGAGUAGUAGAAGCGUCACAGAGAGUGGCUUCUUGUCACUUCCUGGAUUUCUGUGCCAAGAGGCGUGGACAUGCCUGUGCACCAACAAGGGAGAACCAAAUUGAUUUGCGGUGACUCCCCUUCAAUCUUUCAUAACCAAUCAUAUUAAAUCUACUGUUAUAACUAUAUCAAACCCCUUUUGUUCGGGGCCAUUAUUCACUACCUAUUGCUAACUUAAUUAGCCUAGGCUAUGAUAAUUGUCCAUAGCUAUGUUUUUCAACUUUCAUUGCAUCUCAAUAAAUAUUUAAAUUGGA